CUCUUUUCCAACCCGCGAAGCCAUGGAUACUGACAAGCCUCUUCACGAUCAGCUCCGUAUUCUAGGAUUCUUUUUCAUUUCUGUUGCUAAAGCCCAAUCUCAUCAGUUCAAUUUUGAUAAUAGAUUGGAACGGAUUAUCUCGGACGCCUGCAAGGUCAUCGCACAGGACGUUCCCGAAGCUGUCAGGAACAAACUUCAUCGACUUGGAACCGAAGUGCAAGCGGAAUUCCGCAAAGCACCAUAUGAACAGAUAUCGCCCGACCAUUCCCGUUUCCCAGAUACAACCACAGCAACGAUUGUGCAAGAUAGUUCUCUCGAUAGCCCAAACAAACAGCAAGUCGAGCAUGAUUCACCCACAAGAGCCCUCCAGCCUUUAAAGCAAACGUCGGCAGCGGUAGCUGAGAUUUCAUGGAGUCAGUCUUCCAGAAAAGAGAAAUCUCGUAAGGAAGCAUCUUCGACGGGAACUAAAUGUUCCCCUCAAGAUGAUGAACAACCCUUCCUUAUCGCCGAUCUGAAGUCUUGGGCCCAAUCACCAAAGCCUUUUCUCAGCUCUGGGGCAAUUUCCAUCGACGAUCUCGCCGUGUUCGACUACAUCCAGGCCCUCGAGAAAUCAUCACAAAUAACCAAGAUUGCUCGGCGAUUUGCUUUAGUGCAGCUGUGGGUAUCAAAAGAGGUCUGGCGGCCUUUGCCACCCCAAGAGUUUAAGAAACGUCUAGGUUCAGCGUCGGGGGCGAAAUUUGAUCGAUGGCUCAGGGAAGGGAGGACAUUAUUCUUGCUCAAAGCACACAAGGGUAUAGAGGUCUUGUUCUCGAAGCUCAAGUCACAGACUAAGCUUACAGCGCUAUCAGCUGAGUCGAAAGCCCAUCUCCAUACGAACGCCGAGCCGAAUGUCAACAAGGAAUCCUACAAUAACAUCGAGUUACUCCUACAAUCUCAGCACACUGAAGAAGCUAAAAGAAUAGCUUCUUGCUUUGAUGUAAAGGAAUUGGAGCUUCCCAGGAGUUGCGAAGAUUGUGUUACAAACUCCAAACUAUACAGAGAUGCUGCAAGCAGCAUUUCGAAGUACCUUGAGGAGCUUCAUAUUAAGCGACUGUUUGGCGACCAAACACAACUAAGACACAGGCUCGAGGUCCGUGAGAAUGAAAGGCCAGCAAAACGAUGGCGCCGAUGCUAUGGACUACCCAUGGAAUCCCCAUCGAACCUCGGAGUGAUCCGGUACCAUUUCGAUCAAGACCCAAUGCACAAUGACAGUGGAGGAUUGCCGUACGCCACGGAAAGCACCACCGAUGCCGGAAGUGACGGUGGCCACGAAGCCCAAGGCGCAUCUACUGAUGCAAACAUUCCUGUGUCGGGCUCUCCUGAGGACGCAGGCUCCCAAUUAGGGGCUUUAGUCAUGCCUGGGAGCGAUUCCUCACUCAUUGCUACGCCUUCUUUGGAGACUACCGCGGGUGGGUAUGAAACACAACCAUCAACAGAGACAACAAUUCCAGUCAGAAACAUCGAAGCUGAUAUGGGGCCUGUCCAACUCUAUUCCCCCACUGGUCGUCAGAGCACACAUCAAUUGAACGAAGGUUAUAUCAACCGUCCAUGCGCUGAUAUAGUGGAGAAUCUUGAUGAAUGUCGUGGCAACAUUACACAGCUCUCCAGCGUAUCUUUCGGAAUACAUGAGACCCUGGGUCAAGCAUUGAGUACCCAGCCAAUCGUUGAAUCAAGCCUUCCCAACUGGCUUCAUAUCGAUGCGAGUUCAUUCAACUUCGAUACAGCCAUGUUCGAACCACUCGGAGCACUCGAAGCAAUGGAAUUCAAUGACUAUCAGGGCGAGUUAAAUGCACAAUAGUAAUUAAGAAAUAUUCUCAGGCAAUUUCCAUCCUUGAUUUCAACACCAGAUCGUUUCGGCUCGGUUCCACUACUCAUCCUUGCUCUCUUGGCUCUUAGCAGGCUCCCAAUCAUAUUGAACCAUGUCAAAGCAUACUGGCCCU